ACUGUUAGAAUACUUUGAGCGUUUAAAAUGUCCAUGCCUUUGGUUUUGGCGUUACUUGUCACAUUCUACGGAUUUUCUGCUGGUUUUCUGGCAAAUCCGGGUGAUAGGGAUGAAUUCAUUGCAGAGUUAUCACAACUUCGCCAGGUGAUUCAACAAUUAAAUACACAAGUAAAAUCUUCCUGUGGAUGCGCUACAACUUUGAGACCAAGAUGUCCAGACGGAUGGCAAAUGUUUGUGAAUAACUGUUAUUAUUUUGGCGUCGUUCCAAAAUCGUGGCAAGAUGCGGAAGAAGCUUGUGAACGCCUUGGCGGCCAUCUUGCAACAGUUCAUUCUUCUGAAGAAGAACAGUUCAUACUGGAUUACGUACACCGUGAAAGGAAAACCUUAGUAGACAUGUCACAUGGGUAUACUUGGCUCGGGGGACACGACUUCUUACAGGAAGGCAAUUGGAUGUGGAUAACAGACGAGGUGUUUAACUAUACCAACUGGAGGGUGACGAAUCAGGCGAGCAAUCAAGUGGAAAACUGUCUUGACGUCAGUUUGGGAGGCUGGAAUGAUAACAAGUGUUUUGCUAAACUAAAUUAUGUCUGUGAAAGGAAAGCUUUCCAAAUUGACGGAUAACAUUUAGAGGAAAACAUUAUUCAUCCGAAAAUGCACUUUAUUUGAAAACCAUAUUAAAGCGCUGGGAGACAACAAUUAUCUUACCAAUGUGUUGUGAUUAGAUUAAAAUAUGUUCAAUAUUCAAUAUAUUUACCUUUUAUUUGAGUGGUGAAUAUAUGUACUUAAUUUGGUAAGGUUUUAUAUCCCUUACAAGCAAAGAUUAUGAAAAA